AUGAAGACCAUCGUCCUCUUGACGCUCUUCGGCUGCUCGAACGCUUUCUUCUUCAACCUUCUCGGUCUCGGAGGAGGCGGUGGCGGCGGUUGCUGCGCUCCACCACCACCAGCAUGCGGUGGAGGAUGUGGAGCUGCUGCUCCAGCUCCAGCCCCAGCCGCUGGUGGCUACGCUACUGCUCCGGCCGGUUAUGCCGCCGCCCCAGCUCCAGCCUAUGCUGCGCCAGCCCCAGCUUACGCGCCAGGACCAAUCGCUGGAGGUGGUUAUCAAGCGGCCCCAGCCAUCGGAGGAGGUGGUUCGUACGCUAGCGGAGGAGCCGGUGGAUUCGGAGGAGCCGGACAAGGAGGAUAUGCUGGAGCCGGUGGAUUCGGAGGAGCCGGACAAGGAGGAUAUGCUGGAGCCGGAGGAAUCGGAGGAGGACAAGGAGGAUAUGCCGGAGCCGGAGGAAUCGGAGGAGGACAGGGAGGAUAUGCCGGAGCCGGAGGAAUCGGAGGAGGACAAGGAGGAUAUGCUGGAGCCGGACAAGGUGGAGGACAGGGAGGAUAUGCCGGAGGCGCCGGUGGAGCUGGUGGAUACGCUGGAGGUGCCGGAGGAGCCGGAGGAUACGCCGGAGGUGCCGGAGGAGCCGGAGGAGCCGGAGGAGCCGGAGGAGCCGGAGGAGCCGGAGGAGCUGGAGGAUACCAACAACAAGCGCCAGCCCAGGGAGGAUAUCAACAACAGGCUCCAGCUCAGGGAGGAUUCCAAGCUGCCCCAGCCCCACAACAGGGAGGAUAUCAACAACCGGCUCCAGCUCAGGUCUCCACCUUCACCGAGCAAGCUGCUGCACCAGCCCCAGUUGCCAACUACGGAGAGCAAGCUCCAGUUCAAGAGCAGCAAGCGCCAGUCCAGGAGCAGGCUCCAGUCCAAGAGCAACAGCAGCAACAGACCUUCGAGUCGGCCCCAGCCGCUCAGGAAUACGGAUCCCAAACUUCGGAACAAGUCGUUGAGACUUCGGCUCCAGCCGCCGCUGGAGGAUACCGCAAAGCGCUCAGAAAGGCCGCAAAGGCUUAA